GGUUAAGGUCAGGUAUAAAAUCAAAAAGCUUUGAGCUUUGCCGAAAAUCUCUCUCGCGUCUUUGUAGGAGAAGACUGAGGCGGAGGAAUAACAGUGUUUCUCGGGCCUCGGCUGCAAAUUCCUUGUGUGUUUAUUUGCUCUUGUCGAUCACUUGCCCCAAUCGAUAAGAUAGAGGCAUCUUAAUCUCUUUGCCAUCCCUCUUUUGAUCUUUUUUUCUUUGAAUGGUGUCGUUGUCGCAGCAGCUCGAUCGAAUCGCUUUUCCAGAUUGCAUGUGUGUUUGAUCGUUCCUCCUCGAUCAUCAAAGAUUCGAUGCGAAUCGAACAAUAGAUUUUGGAUUUGUUUGAAAUGAGGAUGGGAUUAGAAUCAUCUGGAGAAAUUAUUGACUUUCUUCUAUCGGUUUAAUUAUUGGAUUAUUCUGUUUAAAUUAUGUUUGGGUGAUGGAGGUAGUGGCGAUGGUGAAUUUGUCGACUUUUGGGGCUUGAUUCGGCGGGUCAUGGAUGAGGUCAGCACAAGUACGGAAGAUGAACGUCGGCUACGGGAGGCGGCUGGGGAGCGCUUCCUGGGGUUGCCAUGGAGACAGGGUCGGCGAGCUUUUGGUCCUUAUCGUCCUCGGGCAGUGACUUUGCAGAAUUCUAGUUCCUUGCGUGUUGUCGUUCGAAGACCUUUGGUGGCAAGAUUAACCAAGGAUAUAGUUGAGACAUACCAAAUAUGUAAUCCAGAAUUCAAAUUUUCUGAAGAAUUGAACCCAAAACGGUUCCUUACAAGCCCAUCCAUUGGGGUGCUAAAUGAUGGCUACGACAAUGCAAACUCUGAUCUUAUCCUGAAUGUGAACUUUGUCCUGUUCAAUGUAGAAUCGCAGCGAAGGUAUGUUGUCAAAGAUGUUCUUGGCCAUGGGACUUUUGGACAGGUUGCUAAAUGCUGGGUUUCAGAAACUAACAGUUAUGUUGCUGUGAAGAUAAUAAAAAAUCAACCUGCAUACUAUCAACAGGCACUGGUUGAAGUCUCUAUUCUGACAACGCUUAAUAGAAAGUUUGAUCCUGAGGACAAGAAUCACAUUGUCCGUAUCCUUGAUUACUUUGUAUUCCAACGUCACUUGUGCAUUUCUUUUGAACUGCUUGGCACAAAUCUCUAUGAGCUCAUCAAGAUGAACCAAUUUAGAGGGCUAUCACUGAGCAUUGUUCAAGUGUUCUCAAAACAGAUUUUGCGUGCAUUGGUUCUAAUGAAAGAUGCUGGCAUUAUUCAUUGUGACUUGAAGCCAGAAAAUAUUCUUCUAUGUACAAGUGUUAAGCCAGUAGAAAUCAAAAUUAUUGAUUUUGGAUCAGCUUGCAUGGAGGAUCGGACAGUUUAUUCAUAUAUUCAGAGCCGUUACUACAGAUCUCCAGAAGUUGUUCUUGGUUACCAAUAUACCACCGCCAUCGAUAUGUGGUCCUUUGGGUGCAUUGUUGCAGAGUUGUUCCUAGGGCUUCCAUUAUUUCCAGGAGCUUCAGAAUUUGAUCUUCUCAGGAGAAUGAUAGAAAUUCUUGGAGGACAACCCCCUGAUCAUGUUCUAAAGGAGUCAAAAAAUACAAAUAAGUUCUUUAAGCGUGUUGGAAGUGCCCACCAGAAUGAUGAAGCCUUCAUGGGUGGCAGAAGUGCUUACCAAAUAGUAACUGAAGGGGAAUAUGAAGCUAGAGAAACGAAGAAACCGUUAAUAGGGAAAGAGUAUUUCAAUCACAUGAAACUUGAGGAAAUUGUCAAGACCUAUCCUAACCGAAGAAACUUGCCUGAAGAAGAGAUCUCAAGAGAAAAUCAUACCCGCUUAGCACUGAUUGAUUUCUUGAGAGGUCUUGUUGAGUUUGACCCAGCGAAACGAUGGUCACCUUUACAGGCUUCCAAACAUCCUUUUGUAACAGGAGAGCCAUUCACAUGCCCCUAUAGACCUCUCCCAGAGACCCCACGCAUGCCUGUUGGUCAGAAUAUUAAGGUGGACCAUCACCCAGGGGGUGGGCAUUGGUUUGCUGCUGGUCUCUCUCCUCAGGUUUUAGGCAUGAAUAGAGGUGCUUCACAGAAUAGUCCGCAUUAUCAGGUGGCACAAUACUCUCAUGCUAGUAGUUAUGGCAGUUUGGGAAGUCAUGGUAGCUAUAAUGAUGGUGCUGCACUUGGAAGCAGUUAUGGAAGCUAUGGGGAAAGUAGCAGUAUGCAUCCAUAUUAUUCACCUGUUGGUCCUGGCUUGAGCAUCCAUGCACAAGGUGGUGUAUCAAUACUUGGAGCAAGUCCUGAUGCUCGGCGAAGGAAUUCUCAACUUUCUCAUGGAAAUGGCCUUGGUGUUAGCCCAUCUGCUGGAAAUUUCAUUCCAAUGUCGCUAGGUGCGAGCCCCUCACAGUUUACUCCUCCUAGCUCCCACAUUCAGGUUUCAUCUGCGUCUCCAGGAAAGUAUGGCCCCACCUCUCCUGCGAGAAGUAGUGGUGUUCAUGGGUCACCACUGGGCAAAAUGUCUGCCGUUAGCCAUUUCAACAGAAGAAGUUGGGGAUAUCAAGGAAGUAUGCAGUCUCAGGAGUCUGCAUCAUGGCAAGGGCAUCAUACUGAUACUGUCAGCUGUAGUCAUCCUGAGGGGAGCUCUCGUGGACAUGGUGGUUCUCCUCGGAGUACGCAUUCAUCUACUCUCCUGAGCUGGAGACAUCAAAGGGGAGGAGGCAAUAGUGUCACUUCAGGAUACUCAUCAACUAAUCAGAAUUUAUCAGGUUCCUUUGCACCUAACCCUAAUGUGUCAUUUGCACCAGCCACAGAAACUGUUUAUGACAAGUCUGAAAGCAGCUCAUCAUUGCCUGAUCCUGGGGAUUGGGAUCCCAAUUACAGCGAUGACCUUCUAUUGCAUGAUGAUGGUUCUGAUACAAGUUCUAUAACCUCUGAUUUGGCAAAUGGGAUGCGCCUUACUCGUGCUUCGGAUUCUACAGUUCAAAUGGCCGGAAUUAGAAGAGUCAAUCGUAUCUCUAACCAGGCACAAACAAGUACAAGCCUACCCAUCCAGAGAAACAACGCUCAAGGUUACCCACAUGUAGAGGUAGGCAGCCCUCCAUCCCAUGAUAUGUAUGCCGGGUAUGGCCGCAAGUCUUCACAUCUCAUGCCUCACCUCUCAUCAAAUUCUCUGAGCCGCUUUGGCCAGCAACCUCCUCAGCGGUUAAACCAGCCGACUUUUGUUCGUGGUGGUGAUUGGAAUCAUCCAAAGGUUCAGCCCCCUCCACCCAACUGUACUACUGGGGGUCCAAGUUCUCCUAGCAAUAGCUCAUUUGCUAACGGCAUGAACUGGGGACGAGGCGCUGGGCAUCCCAUCACCACCAUUCCACCAACAUCCCAUGCAAGAAAGGACUAUGGGAGGAUAACAUAAUGUUGAAGACCAGUUCAUCUUCCCUCGCAGGAUGGUUCAUGUAUUCUUUUGUUGCCAAGGAAUUUGUAUUUGAUAGUUCUAUUUGCGUUGCAGGGUUGUGCAAUCUAUGGAUAUCUUUCAGAUCUUUUUGAUCAAUUGUGAUUUCAUAAAUAUAAUUUAUAUUUAAGGAAUCUUCA